AUGCCACACAUCUACAAUGCCGUUAAGUUAGACUUCAAGGCUGUCCUCUUGAGGCUGAAACGGAGCACUCUCAAGUCUCUUAGUGAGCUGGGGGCCUAGAAACUUUGUUCAAUAAUCUGGAGGUCCAUUUCUUCCUGAGGCGAUAAUUAGCUUCUCUCUUCAUUGCAGAUGGUGAUGAAUGGGAAGGGAAAAACAAGGGGGACCACAACAGAAUCCACAUAUUGGAGAAAUCAAAUAAAUAUUCAGAGUAUGGAGAGAACAUCGGCCAGAGCUCCCAGUCCACCGCCAAUCAACAAAAGAGCUUCAUUCGGAGGGAUAGCCUCACUUCACAUGAAAGAAUUCACAGAGGAGAGAAAUUGUAUCACUGCAGAGAAUGUGGAAAGAGCUUCAAUCGGAAGUAUAAUCUCACUUCCCAUCAAAGAAUUCAUACGGGGGAGAAACCCUAUCAGUGCUUUGAAUGUGGAAAGAGCUUCAGUCGCAGACAGAGUCUCAAUUCCCAUCAAAGAAUUCAUACAGGGGAGAAACCAUAUCAGUGCUUCGAAUGUGGGAAGAGCUUCAGUCACAGAUCACAUCUCGCUUCCCAUCAAAGAAUUCAUACAGGGGAGAAACCAUAUCAGUGCUUGGAAUGUGGAAAGAACUUCAGUCACAGAUCACAUCUCGCUUCCCAUCAAAGAAUUCAUACAGGGGAGAAACCAUAUCAGUGCUUGGAAUGUGGGAAGAGCUUCCAUCACAGCCAGAGUCUCACUUCCCAUCAAAGAAUUCAUACAGGGGAGAAACCCUAUCAGUGCUUAGAAUGUGGGAAGAGCUUCAAUCAGAGCAGCAAUCUCUCUUCCCAUCAAAAAGUUCAUAAAGGGGAGAAACCCUAUCAGUGCUUGGAAUGUGGAAAGAGCUUCAGUCAGAGGAGCAGUCUCGCUUCCCAUCAAAGAAUUCAUACAGGGGAGAAAUCCUAUCAGUGCUUGGAAUGUGGGAAGAGCUUCAGUCACAGCCCCCAUCUCAUAAUCCAUAAAAGAAUCCAUACAGGGGUGAAACCCUAUCAGUGCUUUGAAUGUGGGAAGAGCUUCAGUCAACACCCCCAUCUCCUAAUCCAUAAAAGAAUCCAUACAGGGGUGAAACCAUAUCAGUGCUUGGAAUGUGGGAAGCGCUUCAGUCGAAAGGACAGUCUCAAUUCCCAUCAAAGAAUCCAUACAGGGGAGAAACCCUAUCAGUGCUUUGAAUGUGGGAAGAGCUUCAGUCAAAGCCCCCAGCUCAUAAUCCAUAACAGAAUCCAUACAGGGGAGAAACCAUAUCAGUGCUUCGAUUGUGGGAAGAGCUUCAGUCACAGCCAGAAUCUCGCUUCCCAUCAAAUAAUUCAUACAAGAGAGAAAACCUCUUAG